AUGGCACAACAAUUCUGGAGAGUCGCUGGUUUAACUUACCUCGAAUACGUCAACCUUACUAGCUCACACCUUCGUAACUGUCUCAAGGACAAGUUCAAGGUUGCUGCCAAGAACAGAGAAGCCUUUGCUUCAACUUACACCUCCUUUGCUAACGGAAAGGAAGUCAGCACCAUCAACAUUACUUAUUCUGAUGUCAUCCCAACCCCAAAGAAGAACUAA